AUUUUUCUUGUGCAGAAAAAUCUGGAAGGUCAAAGCAGUAGUGAGCUCUCCCCACAGUCUUUCUGGCUGAGGAAUCGAGCUUACAUUGUGUGGACGCGUCAAACGCAAAGCAUGCUGCACUCGCCAACAGCGCGUUGCAUGUGUGCGCCUUGCCCUUCAAAGCAAUCAAAUUCUCGAAAAUCGCCGCCUCAAACUUUCUAUCGCCGCCUGAGGCUCGAGUCUACACUGUCUACUUCGAGUCGCUUCCUUGAACGCAUGAAACCCUUCUUUGCUCUAAUCGAACUCGAUCAUGCCAUGCUAGCGACCGUUCGCGUUUUUCGUGCAGAAUAUCAGCUUUCUCCCCGCGUACGAAAGGCGGAGAGGCUUGUUGAACCGAAUGGCCCAACCCGCCCGAAUCGCUUUUGUUUUUCACUCCAGCAAAUUUCGGUUCCCCACAACAUCUCAAUGAACGCAGCUUCCACGAAGAAACCCUCACGAUCGGAUAUGCUGUACUACUCUCGCCAUGUCAAUAUCAGAGUCCUGCCCAGGCUCAAGCGAUCCUAG